CUACAUUUUUGAGAAAAUUUUCCCUUUUGAGAAAAUUUUGAAUAUAUAUAUUGAUGAAAUGGAAAAAUCUGAUUCUGUGAAUGAAACAGCACAAGCUGUAUCCGAUCUUACAAUAGAAGACAAAGAAAAUGACAAGUCAAAAAUCGAUGUAUUACUAAAAGCGACUGGUAACGCGCCCAUAAUGAAAAAGAAAAAAUGGACAGUGCCAUAUAAUAAAACCAUAGGCUGGAUCUCUGAAUUCAUAAAAAAAUAUUUAAAAUUGGAACCAUCAGAGCAAUUAUUUUUAUAUAUAAAUCAAACAUUUGCUCCAUCUCCAGAUCAAGUUGUACGAAAUUUGUAUGAUUGUUAUGGAAGUGACGGUCGAUUAGUUUUACAUUAUAGCAUUACGCAAGCAUGGGGAUAAAUAUAAAAUAAUUAUUUUAUAUAUACAACGGGAGAAAGAUAAUAUCUGGGGGUCAACAAAAAUUAAUUCAGGAAAUUUUAUAAUUGGUAACGAAAUUUUAGCCUCUAUCAUAUAUCCAACCAAAGUCUUCCUUAAUUCGGAUGUUAACUUUUUAUAUACGCUUUCCAAGUGUAGUGCUGGAAUGGCGACCCAAUGGCAUGUGACGCAAUAUUUUGAGCACGCCAUCGAUCACAAAGUUCACUAUUAAGCAUUACAUAUUACGAACGAACACGAUCCUAUGAAUAAGCGAGUAGUUACACCGUGGAUUAAAAUUGUUAAUGAUGCAUAAAAUGGCUCGUUGAUACAUAAAGCUUAGCCACCCCUGGUAUGGUGCGUUCAAAGUAAAGUCGUACCAAGUUAUUUUCCGUUUCAGUUGCUAUACUGCGAUUGUUAUAAUUAAAUCGAUCAUUUUGCACACAAUUAUUACAAUAAAAUCUUUUUUGAAGAAAAAAACUACGUGUUGUCAUUGUGUACAUAAUUGUCGAUUCAAACCAAAACAAUGGCAGGAUAGUGUUAGAAAUCGAAAAUCACCUGGGUUCAACUUCACUUGAAACGUGUAUAAAGGCCAAUAGCGAGGCUUUUUAAAACUUUGUAUAUAUUACAGAGGGUGAAAUUCUUCACAGCAGCUGCUGCUGCUUGUGAAAAUCGAUACCAAUAAUAAAAUUUCAUUAUUUUGCCAAUAUUUUUACUAUUAUUUUCUGUUUAAUAAGUCGAUUACCAAAGUCUAUAU